GUAGCACUGUAGGUGGCCGUCAACUACAGACUACUAACUACAGUAAACACCAAAUUGACAGCCGCGACGGAUAUACUUCGGAUGACGUCAGCGACAUAACUUGAAUCUAUGGCAGAAAUACUUAUGGUCAUCUUCAUGCUCUAAAAUGUUUCGUUCAGCCGUAUUGCUCAUAGUUGCCCGAACAACAUCCUCGCACUCUCUGCGCUCUUCAUUUGCAAGAGUACCGACGACAAGUACGCGUGCUUUUUCCCGACAAGCAGCCUUCUCGACUCAUCCUAUUUUACGACGCCAUACCCAUCACCAUGAAUUCCCUGAGGAAACCAAGAGACACUGUCCGUCUUGCUCUACUCUGUUACCAACUCCGCUUCCUGUUUGUCCAAACUGCAAACAUAUAGAACCUUUACCCUCAGACAUGGGAUACCAUGAGAUGUUCGGCUUCACUUAUGAGCCAAAUCCGUUCGAUAUUGAUAUAUCUGCUUUGCGGCCCCGUUUUCGGAAAGCCAUCACUGUUGUUCAUCCAGACAGAUGGGCAGGUCGAGAUGAGGGCAAAGAGCAGCUCAUACAGUCACUCUCAACAACUCUGAACAACGCAAAUCGUACUCUGGCGGAUCCCCUCCAACGUGCUCUCUAUAUUUUGAAAAGAGAGGGCGUCAUCACCGAUGGCGAGAAUAUCGUGGAUGAUCCCGAGUUGAUAAUGGAUGUCAUGGAAUCGAGAGAAGCCAUCGAAAAUGCUGAAACGCAAGAAGAGGUCAAUCAGAUUAGAAAAGAGAACCAGGAGAAGGUGGAAGAGUCGGUACACGAGAUUUCCAAGCUCGUCGCGGUGAAAGAUUGGUCUGGGGUGCUUACUGCGGCGACGAAGCUCAAGUACCUACGUGGUAUAGAUGACGCUGCUAGAGAGUGGCCAAGGUCACUUCAUGAUCACUAGAGUCGUCGCAUGUGGAUGUUCAUGGACGAACGUUGCGGCCAGCGAUGACAGGGUAAAUGUCCACAUACUUGGUACUUAUAAUAUUCAUACCGUACGAUUGGAGUCAUGCUUCUAUACCCCCCUCUGCUCUAAUCGUUUAACAUAGUAGUACUGUGCAUAAAUAAACAAGUUACUGAAUCUUGACGUACUCUCGUAAUCACCAUGAUGCAAUGAGCGCC